AAGAACAAGGACAAAAUGGUACCAAUAGGACCAGUGCAUGGUGGUCAUCCAGGAGUACAUGCUCCCCAGCCCAUACCACCGGCCGGACCCAAUACACUACAAUCUUCACAGUCGAGUGGUAAUACAUCGGCCUCAUCGAACAAGUCAUCAUUGUCCAUCAAACCAAACUAUACUUUGAAAUUUACUUUGGCCGGUCACACCAAGGCAGUGUCUGCCGUGAAAUUCUCGCCCAAUGGUGAAUGGUUGGCCAGUUCAUCUGCUGAUAAAUUAAUAAAAAUUUGGGGUGCCUAUGAUGGCAAAUUUGAGAAAACCAUUUCGGGGCACAAAUUGGGCAUCAGCGAUGUUGCCUGGUCUUCCGAUUCAAGGCUUUUGGUAAGCGGCAGUGAUGACAAAACCUUGAAGGUGUGGGAGCUAAGCUCUGGCAAAUGUCUGAAGACCCUUAAGGGUCACAGCAAUUAUGUAUUCUGUUGUAAUUUCAAUCCGCAAUCUAAUCUCAUAGUGUCUGGUAGUUUUGAUGAGUCCGUACGUAUUUGGGAUGUGAGGACUGGCAAGUGUUUGAAGACACUGCCCGCCCAUUCCGAUCCAGUGUCAGCGGUACAUUUCAAUCGUGACGGCUCACUGAUUGUUAGCUCCAGUUAUGAUGGUCUUUGUCGUAUUUGGGAUACGGCCAGUGGUCAAUGUUUGAAGACCCUCAUAGACGAUGAUAAUCCACCCGUUAGUUUUGUUAAAUUCUCGCCCAACGGAAAGUAUAUUUUGGCCGCUACACUUGACAACACAUUGAAAUUGUGGGACUACUCCAAGGGGAAAUGUUUGAAAACCUAUACAGGCCACAAAAAUGAAAAGUAUUGCAUAUUUGCCAACUUUUCGGUGACAGGAGGAAAGUGGAUUGUAUCGGGCAGCGAGGACAACAUGGUUUACAUCUGGAAUUUACAAUCGAAGGAGGUGGUUCAAAAACUCCAAGGGCACACAGACACCGUAUUGUGUACGGCCUGCCACCCCACGGAAAACAUAAUUGCAUCGGCCGCUUUGGAAAAUGACAAAACCAUAAAAUUAUGGAAAAGCGAUACAUAAUUAUUUAAGAAUUCUUCUAUCAUCAGCAUAAUUUGUAUUUUAAUUUUAGUAAUUUUUCGUAACUUAAGGCAUAAACAAACAAAAAGGA